AUGUGGGGACGAAGCGAAUGUGUUGGAGAGCAAGAACAGCGUACAACCGGUGAAGUGCUUGGUCCUUCUAACGAUCGAACACAACUUAAUGUUGAUGAUGAUAAGACCAUUGAUCAAUAUUGGCUUUGGCAUGCUAAGGAACAGCAUGGACCCUGUGUGGGCGGCGGACGCCUGUGGUGUCGAUGUGGUGCCGUGGCGGUGAUGUCCACGUUCGUCUCGUCGUCGUCGAUGGACGUGGUUGAAGCAGCACGUGCUCGUCAACGUUGUGCAGCCGAACAACGACCGCACUACUGA